AUGGACGAAUCAUUGGAUGAGCGGGACGGCGCGAGCGCCGCUGGCUUCGACUCGGCCGCCAUCUUGAAUGACGACGUUUCCCCCACCACCAGCUUCUGUUACAGUAUACCGAACCUCUUCAAUGGCCUAGGCCCUGGUUCCGUACUAUGUGAGAGACCAGAUGCUGAUGCAGCUGAGACCUUCACCAACGAUGCUGAGGAACCCAGCGACCAACAACAGUUCGAAGAUGACGAAGAAUAUUCUCCGAAGUCAAGUUCCAAAAGUGACAUUCCCAAAAGAAAACAACGGCGAUACAGGACCACAUUUUCAAAUAUGCAGUUAGAGCAGUUAGAAGCUGCGUUUCAUAAAACCCACUACCCUGAUGUGUUCUUCAGAGAAGAACUAGCUAUGAGAAUUGAUCUUACUGAAGCCAGAGUGCAGGUAUGGUUCCAAAACCGUCGUGCAAAAUGGAGGAAGCAACAAAAAGCUGACUGUGAAGGUUUUCAGGCCAGAGGUCAAAGGUCACCUGGAGAGAGGUCACCCUCAACCCUCGCCCUCGAGAUGAGGGACUUCAUCACUAUACCAGUUUCAUCAAGCCAAAUGAUAAACAUAGCCGAGACACCACAAAAUACUUACCCAGCUAAGCAACACAAACAAGCAGUCCCAGUCGCCAUCCACGUAGCCGCAUUACCCACGAGACAGAACCCACAAGCAGACCUGCCGUCUUUUUCAAUACCGUUACAAUACAACCUCGGAACUUUCAAGAAAAUCGGCGAAGAAGUCCAAUUAGACCUUGAAACGGCAGAAAAUAUUCAGCAAACGCAAUGGGACUCACGGAUGAUGCCAAAUUUCAAUGUAAUGAUGAAACCGAUACUGGACAAUAGAGAAAAUAUAGACCUCUCGGAACUCAAGUAUAAUGUAAAAAAUGAAACUCAUGGUUUUAAUGAGAUACAAAAUGCAGUGCAAGCAACUGCUAUUGACACUGAAGAUAUACUUGGAAAAGAAAUUGUAAAUGAAGGACAGACUAUUACACCAGAUUUCGGAGUAGAACGGUAUCAGAAUUAUCACAAUGAUAAUGAGAAGAGCUUUAGAGAAUUCGAUGGAAGUAUGAUGGGGGAAGGUAGAAACGAUUUUGUAUGUGAAAGUGUAUUUCUUUGUAAGAGCAAUGACGAAAAACGUAGUGAGUUUCAAGAUUGUCAUUUGUUAGAUACUGAAAAUGGUGUUGGAAUAAGUAAUUUCGAUGCUAAUUUAUAG